AAAAUACCCGUCUCAGUGAACUACCAUUUCACUCGGCGCUGCAACAAAACAUGCGGCUUCUGCUUCCACACGGCCACCACUUCCCACAUCGAGGACCUCCCGCGCCAGAAAGCCGCCCUCCGGCUCCUCGCGCAGGCCGGCAUGCGCAAGAUCAACUUUGCCGGCGGCGAGCCCUUCCUCUACGCCAAGCCGCUCGGGGCCAUGAUCGACUUCUGCAAGCGCGAGCUGCGCCUAGAGUCCGUGUCGGUGGUGACCAACGGCAGCCUAGUGCGGGAGGCCUUCCUGCGCCAGCACGCGGGCCAGCUCGACAUCCUGGCCGUGUCGUGCGACUCGUUCAACGAGCAGACCAACAUCGCCAUCGGCCGGGGCAGCGGCGACCAGGUCAGGAAGCUAUACCAGAUCGCCGAGUGGUGCCGGCGGUACGGCGUCAUGUUCAAGCUCAACACGGUCGUGAACAAGCUGAACGUCGCCGAGGACAUGAACGCCCACAUCGCGGCGCUGAAGCCGUUCCGGUGGAAGUGCUUCCAGGUGCUGAUCGUGCAGGGCGAGAAUGACUCCGAGGCGACGCUGCGCAAUGGGCACAAGUUUACCAUUUCCGACGACGAGUUUGACGAGUUCUGCGAGAGGCACAAGGGCCAGGCGUGCUUGGUGCCGGAGCCGAACCGGCUGAUGGCGAGGAGCUACCUCAUUUUGGACGAGUAUCUUCGGUUUUUGGAUCGGACGGGCAAGCAGCCGUCGAGGCCCAUCUUGGAGGUCGGUGUCCAGAGGGCAUUGGAGAGUGUCUACUGGGAUGAGGAUGCGUUUGUGGAGCGUGGCGGGCUGUAUGAAUGGUCGAGGCAGGAAGGUGCAGGUGGCGGCGGUUGUGCCGAGGGGAAGGAGCUAGAC